AUGACAGAUGUUAGAGCAUCGUCUGUUACGCCAAAUGACUACAUUCUAAGCUUAUCUGAGGCUCAAAUAGACCAUGACCAAAAAAUUGGUAUAAAAGCAAUAAGGUUAUUCUUGCAAAGCAAAACAUCGUAUGAUGUUCUUCCAGUGAGUUACAGAUUGAUUGUAUUAGAUACCUCAUUACUAGUGAAGAAAUCGUUAAACAUUUUAUUACAAAAUAAUAUCAUUUCGGCACCAUUAUGGAAUAACAAAACUUCGAGAUUCGCGGGAUUAUUAACAUCGAGCGAUUUUAUCAAUGUGAUACAGUACUAUUUCCAAUUUCCCGAGAAAUUCGAGUUGGUUGACCAAUUGACUUUGGAUGGAUUACGCGAUAUUGAAACGGCUAUAGGCGUAGAUCAAAUAGAAACCGCAUCAAUACAUCCAUUCAAGUCCUUAUACGAAGCUUGUGUCAAGAUGUUGAAUUCAAAGGCCAAAAGAAUUCCGUUAUUAGACACCAACGAAAACGAAGCAAAAGAUAUAGUUGUCAGUGUAUUAACGCAAUAUCGUAUUUUGAAAUUUGUUGCUUUGAAUUGCAAAGAGACCAAGAUGUUGUUGAAACAAAUUCAACAUACCGAGCUCAACAAACAGAAGGAAAUAAGCACGUGUACCAUGGAUACCCCUGUUAUAGAAGUUAUCCACUUGCUCACUUCAAAGUCGGUGUCUUCUAUCCCCAUUGUAGAUACCGAGGGUAAAUUAAUCAAUGUCUACGAAGCCGUUGACAUUUUGGCAUUAGUAAAAGGAGGAAUGUAUACAGACUUGGAUUUAUCUGUAGGAGAAGCACUAUUGAGAAGAUCAGAAGAUUUUGAAGGUGUCCACACAUGUACUGUAAAAGAUAGAUUGAGUACAAUAAUGGAUACAAUUCGAAAAUCAAGACUACACAGAUUAUUUGUUGUUGACGAUGAAGGAAAGUUGGUCAAUGUUAUUACAUUGAGUGAUAUUUUGAACUAUAUAUUGUUUGGUGAAGACUAA